AUGUGGCGGGAUAUUUUCAUCAUAUUCCUAGUUAUCCAGCCGCUACAUACAGUUCAAGCGUUAUCUCUCGCGAAAAGAGAUCGAGCAGCUGUAGUAGCACUAGACGUCUCGCGCAAUCAUGUAUCAGAUCCGGUGGCCCGAGAUAUCAGAAGGAAAAGAAGUUCGACGGUCAGUCAAACGCUUAAUAACGAGGAAACACUAUACUAUUGUAAUAUCACAUUAGGCACUCCCGCACAGAGCUUACGGUUGACACUGGAUACUGGAAGCAGUGAUUUAUGGUGCAAUACACCCAAUUCUACCCUCUGCAGUAGUAAAUCGGAUCAAUGCGCUUCCGCCGGCACAUAUGAUCCGACCUCAUCGUCCAGUUACAAAUACCUUUCCUCCAAUUUCAACAUCUCCUAUGUCGAUGGCACUGGUGCCGCAGGAGAUUAUGUUACGGAUACUUUGACCAUCGCUGGAGCAACCGUUUCGUCUUUUCAGUUCGGGGUGGGAUACUCGUCGUCAUCAAAUGUGGGUGUACUCGGAAUUGGUUACACAUCGGAUGAAUUUCAAGUCAGCCGAGACGGAGAGGCGGCCUAUGCAAACCUCCCAUUAGAGCUGGUCAAUCGCGGCCUUAUUAACUCCAAUGCAUAUAGUCUGUGGCUCAACGACCUUGACUCCAACACCGGAUCUAUACUUUUUGGAGGAGUGGACAGUGGAAAAUAUAUCGGCGAGCUUAAGACACUACCGAUCCAGAAAGAAUACGGAGAUUAUGCAGAGUUUCUCAUCAUCAUGACUGGGGUUGCGCUACAAACCAAUUCUGGUGACCAUUCAUACAGCUCUGAUGAGCUUCCAGCCACAGUUUUAUUGGAUUCUGGAACUAGUCUGACCUAUCUUCCAGAUAAUAUCGUGAAGGAUAUCUACAACGACCUGGGAGUGGUAUAUGAGUCUUCAACGGGAACGGGUUACGUCCCUUGCAGUAUGAUGAAUGAGAAUAUCAACAUAACCUACACCUUCACAAGUCCGUCAAUACCAGUCGGUAUUAGCGAACUCGUCGUAGAGGACGGAUCCGGUUUGACAUUCAAUGACGGUACUCCUGUAUGCGUUUUUGGCAUUGCGCCUGCCGGCGACAGCACUGCCACCUUGGGAGAUACGUUCCUUCGCAGUGCUUAUGUUGUCUAUGACUUAGCGAAUAACGAGAUAUCAUUGGCUCCGACGAGGUUCAAUUCGACUGAAGAGAAUAUCCUGGAGAUCACGAAUGGGAUAUCGGCUGUCCCUGGGGCUACUGCUGUGGCCAACCCUGUGACUACCGCCGCCACAGGCACUGGCGCAGUCUGGACUGUCUCGGCAACUUCGGUCACAAGUGCCUCGAAGUCGGGCACUUCACGAAGUAUGGUUUCGCAUGUACCUGGUCAUUUUGCGCUUGGGGCUGCGGGGGCGGGUCUCCUGCUAGCAUUGUAUAGUUAUAGAUAUUAG